AUGGGCAACGCGUCGUCCGCCCCGCAAGUGGCCCCGCAAGUGGUGGAGCCUUCGGACGUCAAGGCAGCGGACGUCAAUUAUGACAUCACGAUCCGCAACGCCGAGAUCGCCAAGGACACCUCCUGCGAUCAAGCUGCCUCUGACGAGUGGGUUCCCCUAGACUGGGAGGCCAUCGUGGACCGCAUUCAGAUCCGGACGUCCUCGGCCUGCUACGGCGACACCUACCACAUCGUGCGCAACCUCCAAGAGGACCCCUUCGGGAACGGCGUCGCGGGGUUCGCCACCGCAGGGCACUACACUCACCCCUGGAUCGAGCUCACGUUCCCGUUCCCGGUGCGCGUGUCGCGGUAUACCUUCCACCACGGCUGCCCCACGCGCCCGGAGGGGUCCCGCAUGGUCGCGUGGAAGACCAUGGGCGGCCAGCGCAACUUCCUUGACGGCGCCGAGCCCUCCGACUUCACCGAACUGGCCUCCCACCGCAGCCCGCCCGCCGCGCUGCGCACCAGCAACCCGUCGUACGCGGCCGAGGUCGGCAGGCCGGCGCCCGGCGGCGGCACGGCGCCCGUGGACACGGCGGUGCGCGUGCUCCGGAUCGCGGCCGACGGCUUCCAGGAGGAGGGGUACCAGCUGGCCGUCAAGGGCCUCCGCAUCGAGGGACUCAGGCCGGCCCGCGCGUGA